AUGAACGAGGAAAAAGAGAAUUGCGGAGGAGAUAUGGAUGGGGAGGAGGAUAUUGAAGAUUCGUCAAGAAAGGAUAAUGAAGUGAAGAAUAGUGAGGUUUUAAGUGAAUCAGAGGAUAUAGAUGAAUGUAGUUCUUUAAAUGAAUUGGUUAAGUGCGAAAAAACGGAGAAAAAUGAGGAAAAAGAAGUAAAUAAUAAGGAAGAAAAUUUGGAAUAUGAUGAUAUAAAAAUACAUAAAAUAGAGGAGGAAACAUCAAAUAAUGUAUCAGAAAAUUCUAAGGAAUGUAUUAAUGAAGGAGAUAAGAAGUUUGUAGAAAAUUAUGUAAAAAAGGGAAUGUUGAAGACAUAUCCGAAUACUCUUGAUUCAUAUAUAAAUAUUAAUGAAGGAUUUGAAUUUGGGUUUAUUGUUUUUGUAGUCCAAGCAUUGGAGAGUAUUCUUUCAACAAAGGAGGGAAAAAAAAAUGGGCCUCUUAGGGAUUCUAUAUUUAAAACAUUAGAAUCACCAUCACCGAGUCUUAUAUUGGAGUCAUUAAAUUAUGCAUGUGAAAGUCGAGCUUCUCAAUGUAUUAUACCAGCUUUAGAUUGUUUAUCAAAACUAUUGUCAUAUUCUUUCUUUGUUGAUGUUUCAUCAACAGCAUUACCGUCAUCGAAGGGAUCGGAAGGUAUACGGGAGGCAGAAGCGUCUAGUCCGUCUAUUAUGGAACGUGUUAUUAAUAUUAUUUGUGGUUGUUUUCAAGGAGAUACUACAGAUGAACGUGUACAAUUGCAAACAGUAAAAGCAUUACUUUCUGCAGUAUUGAAUGAAGAUCCCAGGACAAUUAUUCAUCAAAAUCUUCUUUUAAAAGCGAUACGACAAACAUAUAAUAUAUUUUUACUUAAUAAAAAUAUUUCAAAUCAAAUGAUAAUACAGGGUAUUUUAACGCAAAUGAUUCAUACGAUUUUUGGAAGGAUCAAAUCAAGAUUUAUAGAGGCCUCGAAGAAUGAGGAUAAUAAUAUUUCAGAUGUUCCUCUUUCAAAUUCUUUUUCAGAAAAAAAAAAGAAAUCUGUUCAACUUGAUUUUCAAUCUAUUGAUUCAGAAACACAAGAUUUUCCAGCAGAGACGCUUGAUUUGGAUAUACUUGAUGAAAAGUUAUCUAAUUUUGAAAUUAUUUCUGCAUCUGAAAAAAAUAUUUUGGAAUCAUUUGAAAAUUCUAAAUUACCCAAAAAUACCAGUGAUUCUGAUCCAGAGUUUAAAAAACAUGACGAAAAUCAAUUAUUUAUAAGGGAUGCUUUUAUUCUUUUUCGAGUUCUAUGUAAAUUAUCUAUAAAACAGUUAUCAUAUGACAAUACUAAUGAUCUAAAAUCUCAUUCUAUGAGAUCAAAACUUCUUUCAUUACAUUUAAUAUACUCCAUUUUAGAUAAUUAUAUGGAAGUAUUUACAUCUCAGCAUAUUAAAAUUUAUUUAUCUUCAUCAUCUAUUACGUUUGUUCAGGCUAUUAAAGAACAUUUAUGCCUUACAUUAACAAGAAAUUUUGUUAGUCCUGUUCAACAAGUAUUCAAUAUUAGCUGUGAAAUAUUCUGGAAGAUGAUUGGUUCUAUGAGAAUGCUGUUAAAGGUUGAAAUAGAAGUAUUUCUAAAAGAGAUUUUUCUUCCCAUAUUGGAGAUGCGAAAUUCAACCUAUCGACAAAAACAAAUAUUACUUGAGAUUUUACAAAGAAUAUCUAAUGAUCCUAAGCAUUGGAUAAUAUAUAUGAAAAGAAAGAUUAUGAAUAUUUUAUCUAAAGUAGCAACAUCGUCUUUACAAAUAAACCAGUAUCAACAACAUGCAGCAAAGGUAUCUCAUAGGUCAUCUAUUUCUUCACCUUCUUUACCUCUUUCUCCUUCAUUAUCUAUAUUACCGACAUCUGGGAAUUCAGAAAAUAAUCUAAUUGCAAUGGAAUAUAAUUUGAAAUUAAAUUCACUCAAAUGUAUAGUAUCUGUUUUACGAUCUCUUGUUUCUUGGUCUCAAGAAGGACUUAAAACUGCUACUACUGAAUUCAAAGAAUUGCGACUCAAUGAAAACCAAAAUAACCUUAACGAAUAUGGACGUGAUUCCAGAAGACCUUCGUUUGCUUUUGGAUCUAUUCCUGCAGAUAUAAUUGAUUAUUCUAAUAAUAUGACGAAUAAUAUUUCAGAUGAUCCUGAGAUAUUUGAGGCUUUGAAACAUAGGAAAAAUACGCUUUCUGAAUGUAUUAAGAAAUUUAACUUUAAACCUCAAAAGGGAAUUGAAGCUUUGUAUCAGCAUAAAUUCAUCAAAUCAUUAUCUCCUAAUGAUAUUGCUGCUUUUUUAUAUGAAGCUGAGGGCCUAAAUAAGACGAAUCUAGGAGAAUAUCUUGGGGAAGGAAAUGUUGAAAAUAUUUCAAUAAUGCAUUCAUUUGUUGAUCAUAUAGAUUUUUCUCAAAUGUCAUUUGUAGAUGCAUUAAGAAGAUUUCUUCAGUUUUUUAGGCUUCCAGGGGAAGCUCAAAAGAUAGAUCGCUAUAUGCUUAAAUUUGCAGAACGUUAUGUUAAUUGUAAUCCAGAAGCCUUUACGAAUGCAGAUACUGCAUAUUUUUUAGCAUAUUCUGUUAUAAUUUUAAAUACUGAUCUACAUAAUCCUCAUAUUAAAAAACGUAUGACUUUAAGUGAUUUUAUAAAAAAUACUAGUAAAUUGAAUGAUGGAGAACAACUUUCCGAAAACUAUUUAACUGAAAUAUAUGAGGAAAUAUCAAACAAUGAGAUUGUACUUAAAGAUGAACAAAAUGCAGCUCUUAUAUCUGGACUAGCUCAUUCAUCCCAUGGUCUAAUGGCAAAUAUUAACAAUGUUUUGGCAAUAAUUGGUAGGAAUAUUCAGCGUGAAACCUAUAUGACUACUUCGGAGGAAAUGGCUAAUAAGACUGAGAUGCUUUUUAAAAACAUUCUCAAAGUUCAGAAAAAAGGGAUUUUUAAACCAAUAUCUGUUUAUUAUAGCGCUUCGCAUUUUGAACAUGUGGGGCCUAUGUUUGAAAUUGCAUGGAUUCCAAUUUUGGCCAGUAUAUCCGAUCUUUUGCAAUCACAUGAUGAUUCUACUAUUGUAUCAUUAUGUCUUGAGGCAUUUAAGCUUUCUAUACAGAUUUCAUGUCUAUUUGAUCUAAAAUUUUCAAAGAAUGCAUUUAUUUCUACUUUGACAAAAUUUACAUAUCUUGGAAAUUUGAAUGAAAUGAAAAUAAAAAAUGUAAAUUGUAUUAAGACUGUUUUAGAGAUAGCGCUUUCGGAAGGGAAUAGUUUAAAUGAAUCUUGGAAGGACAUAUUGACAUGCGUUAGUCAAUUAGAAAGAUUUCAAUUGAUAAAUUCUGGUGUUGAUGAACUUUUUGUCCCAGAUUUUACAUUUAAUAAAAUGAAGGCCAGACAAAUUUCCCCAACUGGUUCUCAAAAAAAUCAAGUAUCACAAUUAGGUCGCUCAAGUUUACGUUUAAAAUCAAAUUCUCAAGUUACAUACAAUAAAGUAGUUGCUGAAGAAGUUGGAUCAAGAGAAGUUACUCUCCUUGUAGAUAAAAUAUUUACCCAAAGUGCGCAUUUAUCAGGGGAUGCUAUUAUAGAUUUUGUUCGUGCAUUAAGUGAAGUUUCUUGGGAAGAAAUACAGUCAUCUGGUUCUAGUGAAAAUCCUAGGAUGUUUAGUCUGCAAAAAUUGGUUGAAAUAUCAUAUUAUAAUAUGGGUAGAAUUCGUAUGGAAUGGUCAAAUUUAUGGAUUAUUUUGGGUGAUCAUUUUAAUAAAGUUGGAUGUCUUCAGAAUAUUGUUAUAGUUUUUUUUGCUUUAGAUUCUUUACGUCAAUUAGCAAUGAGAUUUUUUGAUAUGAAAGAACUUUCUUAUUUUAAAUUUCAGAAGGAUUUUUUAAAACCUUUUCAAUAUAUAUUAAUGAAUAAUCCUAUUGAAAAAGUUAAAGAAAUGGUUUUAAUAUGUCUACAACAAAUGAUACAGGCUCGUGCAAGUGAUAUUCGUUCUGGUUGGAGAACAAUGUUCAAUGUGUUUCAGUUUGCUGUACGAGAAGAAUAUGGAAAUAUUGUUAAUUUUUCAUUUGAUAUAGUCAGACAAAUAUAUAAAGAAAAUCUCGAUAUUAUUGUAUCUCAAAAUAGUUUUGCAGAUCUUGUUGUUUGUCUUACUGAGUUUUCAAAGAAUGAAAAAUACCAAGCAAUUAGCUUACAAUCAAUGAAACUUCUUAAAUCAAUUAACGACAGGAUUUUAGUUUUACAGGAAUCCUCAUCAACAGAUAAAAAUCAGGAAAAAAUCAUAGAUGAUGAUUCUUUGAUUAAAUAUUGGUUUCCUGUUUUGUUUAGCUUUUUCGAUAUUUUUGUGACAUGUGAAAACUUAGAAACUAGAUCUAGAGCGUUAAAUUGCUUAUUCGAUAUAUUAAUUUUAUAUGGUUCAAAUUAUACUCUAACAUUUUGGGAUACAGUAUGCAGGCAAAUACUCUUUCCCAUAUUUGCUAUUCUUAGAUCUCAAUAUGAAGCAUUCAAACUCAACACUCCGGAACAUUUGAUUUCUUGGACUUCUAAUAUAAUUAUUCAAGCUCUUUCAAAUAUGAUAGAAUUAUUAAAUAAAUAUUUUCAUGUUCUUGAGCAAAUGUUAGACGGAAUUCUUGAACUUUUGGUUACUUAUAUAUCUCAAGAAAAUGAUAUACUAGCAAAAGCUAGUAUAAAUUGUCUUCAACACUUAAUUUUACAAAAAGCAGAUGAUUUAAAAGAUGACCAUUGGCAUCUAAUUAUCAAUACUUUUGAAAUAUUAUUUGAAUCUACUACAGCAUAUCAGCUUUUCGAAUGUGUACCAGUUAAUAAAGUAGAAAAUACAAAUAAUAUUGAAACUGAUUUUAAUAAAACUGAGUUGUAUAUGGAAAAUCAGAAAUUUAGUAAUGUUUCGUUAACCGAUCUUCUUUCAAAUAAACUGCAAACACCAGAAACAUAUGGCGAGGAUCAUAUGACUGAAUCUUAUUCAUUAUUUAUCUCUCAAAGGAAAAAAUUUAAAAGUUUGAUACUAAAAUGUGUCCUUCAAUUAUUGUUAAUUGAUUUACUCGGUGAACUUCUUAGAAAUGACAAUAUAUAUUCUAAAAUUCCUUUAAAGGACUUUUUGCGUAUAAUGGAUAUAUUAGAAAAUAGUUGGAAUUUUGCACGACAAUUUAAUAGUGAUAAACAGUUAAGGAUAAAUUUAUGGAAACAUGGAUUUAUGAAAAAUUUACCUAAUUUAUUACGACAAGAAACCAAUAGUGCAUCAAUUUGUUGUAUAAAUCUUUUUAAAAUAUUUUUUAAUUGCCCGGACAAAUUUUUUGAUAAAGAUAGUAUUGCGAAGAGACUCAUUAUGAUCUUUAAAGAAAUUAUUUCAGUAUACUGUUCUCUAGACAUUGAAUCGCAAUUGCGAAAUAUUCAAUUAUGGAAACCUAUUAUUAUAGAGAAUUUAAAUAGUUUUAUAAAAUUUGAAGAUACCGAUUUUAUAAAAUAUCUUAAGGACUUUUAUCAAUUUGGACUUGAUAUCCUUGGAAAAGAUGGAAUUGAUGGUGAAAUGCGAAUUGCUCUUGAAGCCUUAUUUAAAAGAAUUGGUAAUGUUCUUAUUGAAACUAAGGAGCUUAAAUAG